AGGCGGCGAUGGCGGCUCGCAGUUUCAUUCCGGAUUUCCACUGGACUACAAGCUGAUUUUACCCGGGCCGGCUACACUUUGGGGAACUUUUUUAUAAACGGCCUCUCUUCGGAAGCCGCACAGAGUGAAGGCGCGUUGAACCGGUGCUUGACAGUGAGCGGCCCCGCAGCUCUUUUGGGGUAUUUUUGUCCGAGGUUCAAGGUGGUCACCCCGUCGAGCUAGCGCUAGCUCUGGAGCUAGCUUGUCAACUAGCUGCGUGCUAAAGACCCACACAGCAGCAGCAGCAGCAGCAGCCAGUCGUCGUACAGCGGCUUUUUCUUUCCACCACGUCUGUCUUUUCACAGUUAAGAUGCUACUUAAAUGUUAAUUGUGCCACAAGUGUGCAGAGCGAGGUACUCACACGUUUGCUUGGCCUCUUAAUUUGGACAACUGCUAGUUUGGCGGCUGUAGCCAAAAAAAAAAAAAUCGGAUUUUGACUCUUUUGAUAAUCUCAGCAACACCGGGCAAACCCCGUGCCAUCAAGUGAGAAUUGAAGUUGAGUUGCUUUUGGGGGUCUUUGCGUGCUCGUCAACAUGUUGAAGACCCGGCAGUGUUUACUUGGCAUCCGCACUUUUCUCGGCGUAACGUCGAGGAUAUGGGGCUUCAUCAUGUACAUCCUCAGGAAGCACCUACGGACGAUAAUCCAGUAUCAGACGGUGAGAUACGACACUUUGCCUCUGUCGCCUAUCUCCAGAAACAGACUCAAUGCAGUAAAGAGGAAGAUUCUGGUGCUGGACCUGGACGAGACGCUGAUCCACUCUCACCAUGACGGGGUCCUCAGACCCACAGUGAGACCUGGCACGCCGCCAGACUUCAUCCUCAAAGUCGUCAUCGAUAAGCACCCAGUCAGAUUCUUCGUACAUAAAAGGCCGCAUGUUGACUUCUUUUUAGAAGUGGUGAGCCAGUGGUAUGAGCUGGUGGUUUUCACAGCCAGUAUGGAGAUCUACGGCUCAGCGGUGGCAGACAAGCUGGACAAUAACAGGAACAUCCUGAAACGCAGAUACUACAGACAGCAUUGUACAUUGGAUCUAGGUAGUUAUAUUAAAGACCUGUCUGUAGUACACGAUGACCUGUCCAGUAUCGUCAUCCUGGACAACUCGCCUGGUGCUUAUCGUAGCCAUCCAGACAAUGCAAUACCCAUCAAGUCCUGGUUCAGCGACCCUAGUGACACAGCACUUCUUAACUUGCUGCCUAUGCUGGACGCACUAAGGUUCACUGCUGAUGUUCGAUCCGUCCUGAGUCGAAACCUCCACCAGCACCGGCUCUGGUGAUUGGCUGAAUGGAGAGAGGCGGGGCUUGUUGACCAGCCUCUUCCUCUCUGCCGGCUUCCACCCUACCCUCCGGUCCCACUCAGACGACCCACCAGCCCCCUCUGAGCCUCUCUUACGUGAGGAGAGGAGGGUUGGGGUGACCGCCUAACACGGGAUGAACAGUACGGGAUCACCAGAGCCCAGAAACUACUGGGGAGGGAGGGGGAGCCAGCUUGUUUUUUUUGUUUUUUUUUUCUCCUCUUGGUUCUUUAUUUGUAAUUUUUUUUUUCCAAAACAAAAACGGAGCCUCUCUGCCUUAUCGCUCCUGAUACUGACUGUGCGUAUGGAGGUGAGCUUGUGUACGUGAGUCGAAGUAUGCUUGCUGAGUUCGUUAGUCCUUUUUAAACUUUUUUGACGAUUGGGAGAUCGGGGGGGAAGGAUCAGCAAAGCAACAAAGACAAUUCUACGUUAUUAUUUCUUCUUCUUCUUCUUCUUCUUCUACUUCUUCUUCUUCUUCUCCUACAUCACCAGGCAUUGCACUUCAGCAGACAACUCUUCAAUUUACUGUCUUAACCUCUCGGAGCAACUGAGUAGGGGACAAUAGGGAAAAAAAUGCCCCUUUUUAAGAUCAACCUCAUACCUCAACGAUGAUUGAUUGAUUGAUUUCCUGAGGUACGUUUCUUCAAUUUUUUCUCCCCCAACGACAGUGGAUCAACUUAAACGAUGUAAUUUGAUGGAGUUUUGCUUGCAACAUACCCUCCAUAGACAUUUUCGGGACAAACAGCCAAGCAGCCUGAGAAUUUUUUUUUUCUCUCUCUCUUUUCAGCCAUAACCAUCACUCUUUCUCCGAAAGCUCCUCUCGGGACUCAGUGAUAAAGACUUGACUGAAAAGUUACAAGGGAAAAAAAGAAAAGAAUGGCUUGUAAUGCUCUGUGGACUGCCGUGUCAUGUUUCCAUAUCUGAUUGUUUCUCUAUUACCAUAAUAUAUGAUAAUAUGACUUCUGCAUACCAUGACAUUUUGCUCUCCCCUUUCGUCAUCCGAUGCCAUCCUGAUUUCAUCUGAUAGGAAUUGCACUUAAUUAUUCCCCCCCCCUUCUGUUUUUGUUGCAGUUGGUUUUGUAUUUGAUUCAAAUUCGCAGCCUUCCCCCAUUCAGUUUUUACCUGCUCCCCUUAACUGUAUGGGUUCAAAUGUUAGACCCUCCGUCUUUAAAAUGCCUUCUGAACAAUGUCAGUCUCGUCAAGGCUCACAGCGGCUUCUUAUUGGCUCUGUCUCCA